CAGAGUCCAGCACUGAUGUUUUAUCGUACAUAAGGUACCUACCUAGUGCUGGCCCCCCAUCCGCCCCAGGCCUUGCCUGCCGCUUUCACCGCCGCCUGCCGUUCGCCUUCAUGUGAUUCGAGGUAGGUACGUUGGUACUUCUACCUACGUAAUCUGGAGCAGCUGCCGAUGGUCGGGGUCGCCCUCCCCCAGAUCACGAGGGGACCUUGACGGACAACACCCAGCAAGCGCCGCUUCGCCAACCGAUGAUACAAUUACCCAUCAGACGACCAACGAACAACUUUCACCCUCUCAUCUUUGCUUUCUUCGCUCUCUGACACAAAGUCAGUAUAGCCACACACCAAGUUACAAUACGAAUAGAUGAUAUCGCUCUCCGCCGUUCUCAACCGUCCGUCCUGCCACUAAGCCCACUGGAUGAACGAGACUCGACGUACGAGUUCGUCCCAUCUCCGUCGUUCCCAUAUACCACCUUAAGCGGUGUACAACCUCAAACAUCUUCAUCAGCACAUACAAGUUUCAAUAUGUCGACACCUACCUCGCCGCCGAUUUCUCCCCUUCUCUUCUCCGCCCAGCUUUAUCCUGGCCGAGCGCUCGGCUGGUUGGUCCUUGGAGCGUCGUUGCACGAUAUCUUGACUCGCCUCAAGACAGAGCCCCAGCGGUUCACGAAUCUCGAUGUCAAGUACAGCCCAACCGAGCCGACGAAAUCCAUUGUCGUUAUCGAUCUCCCCGCAAACGGCAUUCGUCUACAAUUCGACGCUCCAGAGCAGCGGUUACGCUUAAUCGAGGUGGUGGACUUUACCAAAAAUCAUAUCUUUAUCAAGGCCGCCGAUAACAAAGAGCGUGACCUUGUUCGCCCUUCCGCAGCAUCUACCCCGUCAACCGAUAACCCCGCGGGCCCUACGUUCCGUCACAUCUACCAGCGCUUUCUUGGUCCCACCUAUGAUGGCGAGUUCAUUGAUGGACCGAAGACGCCAGACAAUGCCGUCGAUCAAUAUGGGCUCUACGUUCUGUCAUGGCCCGGUGUGGCCUUUAGUUUCCUCAUGAAGAAAGCGAGCUACUCGGCCAAGAAGAACGUGGUUGAUCUGUUGCCAUCCACGCAAGUCCCCGAGACCAUGGGCAUUUUCAGUGGGGAUUCGUGGACACAAGCCCGGCAGACGCUGUGGACUGAUGUGCUGCCCAGUCUCAAGACAUUCACGCCACUUACUAAGGGAAAGGAGGUGUUUCCUGACGAGGUGUCUCUGAUCAAGAUAUACGGGGCGGGGAAACUGCAGGUCUUUCGAAAGUGGACGGAUCAGCACUUUUGGAUCAGGCUUGGACAGACAACUCCGCAAGACCUUGUAUCCCACUUGGGUCCUCCCGAUGCCAUAUACCGGAAAAACGACCAUAAGAUGUUCGCCCACAAAGUGCGGACUGGUAGCGAUGCCCUGAAGCGACCAGACAGUGCUGACUUGAAGCAUCAGGACGACCUUACAGAUACAGAUCAAUCAUCGGCAAACGCUGGGUCGGAUGGUUAUCACUCUAGCGACGAUGAAACCAGUGAUGACAGCGUUGAAGGCCACGUGUCAGGCGAGUGCUUCUACAACUAUUUCUACCAUGGAUUCGAUGUGUUGGUCUCAAAGCCGACGGCGCCAUCACCGGUACCGCCUUCCCAGGAGCAGGGAAAGAAUGUACCCAACAUUCCCAGGGACUGGCUUCUCACAGCCAAUGCCGACAGCCUUGUUGCCACAAAGAUUGUUUUGCACGGAAAUGUGCCUGGGUCAUAUCCCUUUAACCGGCACCGUCGCUGCCGAUGGGAAAUCCCGUAUCUUUCGUCUGCCUCGGACGUUGUGAUCAACUCAGAGUCGGAUUUCCCGCAAAUCGAGGAGAGCCUGCGCAAAGAGUGGCAGUCCAUCUACCCUUCUGAAGAUGAGGCGCGCAAGGCGCAAAGGGGCAUGGUUCUUAAUAGGGGCUGGGGAGACAGUCCCGGUAGCAGCAUCGAGUUUCUCGGCGGCUGGGAAGGAGACGGCGCUGCGGCAGCACCAGACGCCGGUGGCACGGCCAAGAAGUUUGAUGGGCCCGCAGAUUCCACAACUACGUUGUAUGGAUUCCCGGGACUCGUUUUUGAGGUGUUGAAGAACGGUGCUGUCACUGCGGUAACAGUGUUUUAACCCUUUUUGCAUUGUUACGAGAGUUUUUUUUUUUUUUUGUAUUUUCAUUGGGCGUUUGGAGAAAAUAUCGACUUACACAGCUGGUCCUGCGGGACACAUUGUUGAUUGGUGGUGCUGGCUACAUGAUGGUAAAUGGGUAAAUGGGUCUUUGAGGGGUGGACCAUCUCGCCAGUAUUGUCUAAUUUGCGUUUACAACUUCACACAUAAGCGGAAUGCUUUUCAAGAUGGUUUAAUUUCACCUAAACCUACAGCACUGUCCAGCACAGGGUCAAGAUACAGAGUCAGUACCAAACAUGCGUUGAACUCGGCAGUCUGGUCCAGCUCAUACAUACACUACACAUAUGCCUACCUAUUGAUCUCUUGCAUGCCCCGUCCUAUGAAUCAAAGUGAUAAGCACGCUGGGUAUGCUA